AUGUGCGCUAAUGAGGCUGCAGUGAUGGGCACUGAUAGGCUGCACUGAUGGACACUGAUAGGUGGCACUGAUGGGCACUGUUGCAACCAGGGGCGGACUGACAACUCAUGGGGCCCCCGGGCAAUAGGGGAUCAUGGGGCCCCUGUGUCCUUGCCCAAACUCAAAAAAACCUAUGAAAAAGGUACCAGGGGCAUCUCAUGGGGCCCCCUACUGGCCCUGGGCCCUUGGGCAGUGCCCGAGUUUCCAAAUGGUCAGUCCGCCCCUGCUUGCAACUACCACC